AUGGGAGAAUUUCCUGCACAUAUAGACGAAUCAGCUCUUGACCUGUCUAUUUUUGCUGAUUAUUCCACUGCACCUUCUGCUAUUUCUCAAAACUCUUCCUCAGUUCUUAUCGAACUUCCUAUAAGCACAAUAAACCUUCUGGGUUCAGACAAGAUUCCCUUCUAUUUAGAAGCCUCUGGUCAUUUGAUCCUUGCAAAUUUUAUUUACGAACGCGAAAACGAGAACAUCGUUUUAAGACAUGUUGCUCCUCCACCCUCGUCAAGUUCUCCUGUGAAUGAAGAAACGCAAGUCUCUCCCUCUGUUGAUCCAUCAGAAUUACCAGAUAUCUCGAAUUCCCCAGAGUUAUCUAAUGCCUCUGAUGAUGAUCAAAAGCUUUUAAAACAGAAGGUGAAAGACAUCUUGUCUAGCCCUUUAUGUGUUCUAGACGCCAACAAUGAUAUCAUUGUUGGUGAAUACAACAUCUCAAAACUGGUUGAGACUGCUGGAAGACUAAAGAAUUAUCGUAUUAGAAAAAGUCUUUCUCAAGCGAAGUUGAGUGAAUUGAUCUGUCGAAGUUCGAAUGAGGAACUAAGAUUCAGCCAGACAUUUUUGUGUAGAUUUGAGAACCUUGAGGUUACUUUGCGUGUUGCAUUACGCGCAAAUCCCUACCUAGAGAAGUGGUUGAAUCGUUUCGAUGAGCAGGAGAAAGCACAAGAAGAGGCUUUAUGCCGAGUUCAGGAUUCGGACGCUAUCGAAAACUUUAUUCCUCAUCAUCCGGUAUCAUCGUCCCCCAUGGUGACCAAUACAGCUGAUCGCCUCAUGACGGAACUUCUAGACUUACGGGAAAGAAUAUCACCCCCCAUUAGUGUAAAUAAAGAGACUUUGUGUUGUAAUUAUGAUGAUGUGGAGGAAGGGGAAGAGAAUGAGGAUGAAAGUAUCCAACUUCCAAAGCGUCGUAAUCGCAAGAAACGCGUCUACUUCACUGAAGCUGCGGUUGCCCGAAUGGUGGAGCAUUAUGCACUCAAUCCCUGGCCUCGAGGACAGGAAUUAACUAGACUGGCAGAAUCGUUGGGUUAUGGAAGAGAAAGCGUGAGGCUGUGGUUCGUCAAUCGACGCUAUCAAUUCAAAUUAGCAUCCAAGCUGUGA